UUGAGAUUCAUUGAAUCCAAUUUAGGUUUCUGCCCCCUAGCCGACCUCUCUCCUCGAAAUCAAGCACAGAAGAAAAAAACACCCUACUUUUUCAAUCAUGUCCGGUGAAGAGGAAGAGAACGCUGCAGAGCUCAAAAUCGGAGAAGAAUUUUUGAAGGCCAAGUGUUUAAUGAAUUGUGAAGUGGCUUUAAUUCUUGAGCAUAAGUAUGAGCAGAUUCAGCAAAUGUCUGAUGAUCCCACGAAUCAUGUUUCCCAAGUUUUUGAGAAGUCACUGCAGUAUGUAAAGCGCUUUAGCCGUUAUAAAAAUCCAGAUGCUGUUAGACAAGUUCGAGAAAUUCUGAGUAGAUAUCAGUUAGCUGAAUUCGAGCUUUGCGUUCUUGGCAACCUGUGUCCUGAGACUGUAGAGGAAGCGAUUGCUAUGGUGCCUUCCAUCAAGACUAAAGGGCGUGCUCAUGAUGACGACGCCAUCGAGAGAAUGUUAAAUGACCUGUCCCUUAUCAAGAAGUUUGAAUAGUGGCCACUAAACCCCUGGCUAUCUAAGCAAUUAAUAGAAUGUUAAAUGGCGCUGCCUCUUGUAAAAAUACCUGUUGGGACCAUUGCAUUUUUAUCUACUGUACCCGUGAUUGACCUUAAAAUCUUAAGUUUGUCGAAUGGUUUAUGUUAUGCUAUUUUAUCAUCAAUGCAUUGCAAAUCUGCAUGUACGGAUAAAGGGCUUUAGCAAUGCAUCCUGGCGAAUUUUAUUGAUUUU